CUCGUGAUAUUAGGAUCAAUAUUGAUUCUUUACAAAAUAUCAGAUCCUUCUGUUACCGAAAGUCUUCUGUUUAAAUAUCAGUGACCCUAUUUGUGAAGCCCUACACUGUAUUCUCGUAUACAUAACUUGUUCAAAAUGAAAGCUCUAUAUUAUUUUCACCCCACAUCCGCCACCACCAUAACUUCCAAGCUCUCUCUCUCUACAAGACUAGUCAACCCACAUCUCUCCUAGGUAUCUCAGUCAGCCAUGGGAGACGAAAUCUCGCCGCCGCCGCCGCCGCCGCCGCAAAACGGCCACGUUCUGCUCCUCCCGUACCCCGGCCAGGGCCACGUCAACCCCAUGAUCCACUUCGGCCGCCGCCUCAUCUCCCGCGGCCUCCGCGCCACCCUCCUCACCUCCGUCUUCAUCUCCCAAUCCACGAACCUCGCCUCCCCCGUCGGCGGGGUCCACCUCGACGCCAUCUCCGACGGCUUCGACGGCGGCGGCUUCUCCCAGGCCGCCUCCAUCGACGACUACCUCCGCCGCCUCAAGGAAGCCGGGUCGUCCACCCUCUCCGACCUCAUCACCAAGUACGAAACGACGCCGUACCCCGUCACGGCCUUGGUCUACGAGCCGUUUUUGCCCUGGGCGCUGGACGUGGCCAAAGACCACGGGCUGUAUGCGGCGUCGUUUUUCACGCAGCCGUGCGCCGUGGACUUCAUCUACUACAACAUCCGCCACGGGCUGCUGAAGCUGCCCGUGGACACGUGGCCGGUUCGGGUGCCCGGGUGGGCCGUGGAGUUGGAGCCCCGGGACGUGCCGUCUUUCGUUAACGCUCCCGAGGCUUACCCGGCUUACUUCGCGAUGGUGGUCAACCAGUUCUCGAAUACGGACAAAGCGGAUCAUGUCCUGAUUAACACCUACUACGAGCUUGAAAAGGAGGCACUGGACACAAUGUCAAAGGUUUGCCCGGUCCUAGCAAUCGGCCCGACGGUCCCGUCCAUCUACCUCGACAACCGAAUCCCCAACGACGACGAAUACGGCGUCGACCUCUUCACCCUCCAACGCUCCACCGCCACCACGUGGAUCACAACCAAGCCGCCAAACUCAGUCAUCUACGUGGCAUUCGGCAGCAUGGUCACCUUCCCGCCCGCACAAAUGACCGAGCUGGCCUCGGGCCUCAAGCGAACCAACCACCCUUUCAUCUGGGUGAUACGCGACACCGAGCUCGCCAAGCUGCCCCACACCUUCGUCCACGACCUGGGCGACAGUGCGCUGGUCGUCAACUGGGCCCCACAGCAGGUGGAGAUCCUGGCGAGCGGGAAGGUGGGGUGUUUCUUCACGCACUGCGGGUGGAACUCGACGAUCGAGGCGCUGAGCCUGGGGAUCCCCAUGGUGGCUUUCCCGCAGUGGACGGACCAGCCACCGAACGCGAAGCUCGUGGAGGACGUGUGGAGGGCUGGGGUUAGGGUUACGGUUGAGGAGGAUGGGAUGGCGCGAGGGGAGGAGCUGGAGAGGUGUUUGAGGGAGGUGAUGGAAGGCGAGAGCGGGAGGGAGAUGAAGAGGAGUGUGGAGAAGUGGAGGGAGCUGGCGGUUUUGGCGGUUAGCGAGGGCGGGUCUUCUGAUCAGAGUCUUGAUGAGUUUGUGGCCAGAGUUAAGUCGGUUUCAAGCUAGGGUUUCAAGUUAAAUGGGGUAAAAAAAAAAAAUUGGUACUUGCAGAUUAUACCGGAAAAACGAGUGGUAUGAUAUUCUGUAAUAAAAUCAUUGUGUAACAGUUUCAUGUCGUUUAGAGUUUGGAUCUGGUUUUUGAUUCGUCCAGACAAUAGGGUGCGGCGGUGGUUUCUAAAACAUUUGUCAAAUUGAUGACGGAUCCAUUGCUUUAGAGGCUUGGAGGUCAAUUACAAAUGUUUGAUCAUCGUAUUAAAAUACGAUAAUUAAUAAU